AUGGAUUCAAAAUUAAUCCAAAAAUAUCUUGGAGAUGGUCCAAAACUUGUAUGUGAAUUAUUUUGUAUUGUUGAAGAACAUACACCUUUCAUUGUAUUUAUUGAUGAAAUUGAUGCUAUUGAACUAAACGUUGAUGAAAGAGAAAUUCAAAGAACUAUGUUAAAACUUUUGAAUCAGUUAGACGGGUUUGAUUUUAAAGAAGAUGCUAUGUCAGUUGUUGGUGUACUUCAAGAUGAUACUGAUCCAAUGGUUAGUGUUAUGAAACUUGAGAAAGCAUCUACAGAAUUAUAUACAGAUAUUGCUGGCUCAGCUGGUUUUGUCAGCUCAGCUAAAAAGCUGUAG